UGCAUGAUGAUUGAUAAGAAGCUCCAAUGAUCUAUAUGUGUAUCUCUAUUUGACACUCAAUAAUGCGAACUAUCGAAACUGGUAUCAAGCUGUAAAGUUCUGACUUCUCUCCCUUUUUCGUCAUGCCUCACGCAGAGCAAUUCCCACCCACCCCCGAGUCACUAUUCGUGAACGACGGUCCUCUGGCAGCGGAUCAAGUAGGAUUACUACGGGCGUCAAACCCAGACCUCCCUCUCGAAGAGCUGCGUCAACGAUAUGAAGAAGACGGAUAUCUAUUCCUCAAAGGCCUGCUCCCCCGCCAGGACGUCCUCAAAGCCAGGGAAGAAUACUUCAAGCUUCUCUCCCCAAGUGGAGUCCUGAAGGAUGGUACAGCCCCAGUCGAUGGCAUCUUCAAUGAGCAAAACGAUCCACAUGAUUAUCCUGGCAUUGGUGCUGGAGCUGCAGACGGCAACGGCAAACCUGGCGGAGAGAAAGCAGAGAAGUUUGUCGAUCUGGCAUUGCAAGCUCAUUACGAGACUUGGUACAAGGAGGACUUCUGCAAGCACCCGGUGCUCCGGGAUUUGAUUGCAAAAUUGACAGGGUGGGGGGAGAGUACGCUUGGAGUACGCAGAAGCUUGCUGCGGAAUAAUACGCCUGGAAACAAGGCGAUUGGAGUCCAUUAUGAUCAGAUAUUCCUCCGACAUGGCGAGCCUACAAGCGUCACGGCUUGGGUUCCGAUGGGUGAUGUUUCUUUGAGUGGUGGCGGCCUCAUUUAUCUUGAGAAAGGGUACACGCUUGGAAGAGAAGUCGAAGACACCUUCACGAAAAAGGCUAGAGAAUGCGGGAUGUCAGAUGAGGAGGCUAGAAACGCUUUCAAUCAAAACAUGCUGUCAACAGGCUUGCUGGCCGAUGGACCAGCGGAAUAUGCACGCCGGUUCGAUCGUCGAUGGCUGGUAACUGCGUAUGAGGCGGGGGAUGUCGUGCUACAUACGCCAUUUGCGGUGAGUUCGAGGAUGGAUUGUAAGGAAGUGCGCUGACUAGAGCCUAGAUACACGCUUCGACAAUCAACCAGGACCCUCAGAAUGUGAUUAGACUCGGAACUGAUUUACGUUUCGUUGACUCUAGUCGACCAUGGGAUACUGUAUGUGUGCAAGCCCUUUAUCUAAUCAGAAACUAAUCGAUCACAGCGAUGGGACAAAGAUUAUUCCUUUAAUGAUGGCGUCUGAAUACCGAAAUAAUAGUUUGGAAUUUUGACA